GCUCUUUGCCAUGCGUAUCAGCCUGACGCUAGAGAACAACGGCUCCGUCGCACGAGACCACCUCGCUUCUGAGCGGACCUUCCUUGCAUACGUCCGGACCUCCCUCGUCCUCGCCGCCACCGGCGUCGCUCUUGUCCAGCUACUCUCCAUCUCAUCCAGCACCAGCACCGCCUCUAACCAGACCACCUUCUCGCCUAGCGGGGGAGCACAGGGCUACGCCCGCCCGCUGGGAGCCACAGCCGUCAUACUAUCCCUAGGGAUCCUAUGCGUGGGGAUGGCGAGGUACUUUUCGAUACAGGGUGC